CUCAAGCAAAUCACGCUUUCCAAUCUCAGGCAGGUCCCACGCAAAGCAUGUCCGCGCGGUUAUGUACACAUAGGCACAUUCUUUAGAUCGUAGUCAAGCAAAGUUUGACGCCGAACUUCGCAGUCCCUCAACCGAUUUAUUUGAUCAUGGCCUUUUUUUGCCCCAUGAGAAUUCCAAGAAGGCGAAGAAAACGUGAGUAUCAAGUUUAGUUUAAGGUUGAGUGAAAAUAAAAGCUUUUCUAGCUUAUGGCUUUAUUGUUUACACGCUCGUCUCACAGCGAUUGUCAAAUAUCUGACAGGGUAUCGAGAUGAAGAACAAAAAAACAGCACUCCAAAUGGAAAUCCUGGUGGACGGAUUACUGGCAGCAACAGUGUAGACUCACUUGUGGAAUUGGGCAAGGAAGAGGAAGACAAUGAGAUCGAGUUUGAGCCUCGAAAGAUGGUUGUUUUGCACGAUUUCAUUCCAUGUGUCGAAGACGAGGUCGCUGUAAAGCGAGGACAACGAGUGAAAUCUUUAUACCAAGAAACGGACUGGAUUUACAUUAUAACAAACGACGGCAAAGAAGGGUUUAUUCCGUUUACGUAUUGCGUAGAAGAAGAAGAGUACGAGAAAAGAAAAGAGAAACAGAAAGGUCUUCAAAGGAAUAAUUUUCGUAACGCUUCUUUCCUCGACUCGUUACAAAUUCAAACAGACACCACACCGGCAUUCAGUUUUAAGAAAAAUAAUUACGGCGAUUAUAUCGUCAGGUUUGAUUUCAUUGCUUGUGACGAGAACGAUAUAAACGCACAGAAGGGGGAUAAAGUUCGAGUUUUGAACAAGGAUGACAAAGAUUGGUACUGGGUGUCGAAUUCUCAAGGGGUCGAAGGAUUUAUUCCCAAAGAUUUUCUGGUUCCCUGUGACAGACUUCAAAAUGGUGGUAAGUCCUUAUGAUUGAGUGAUUCAAACAUUUGAAUAAUUCUAGAGUUAAUAUCAAAUCCUAGUGAAGCAGGGGCCGUGUUCUUUAAAGAACAUCUCACAGUAGGAAACAGAUUUUUUUGAAUUGUUUAAUUAGUUUCCGUGGCAUUGUGUUACGCUAAAUCGUCUUUUGAAAAGUGUUGAUAAACAAGUUAAAAAUCUAGAUCAACUUAGCAAACAAAUAACUUGAAUUAUUUUUGGAGACUGGAUGAUCGUAGCAGGUAUUAAAUAUAUUACACGUACUGGAGUUCAUUGAAGGUCGUAUUGAGCCGAGUUCAUUAAUGUCAGCAAAAUCAAUAAUUCGGAAAUGAAUAUUCAGCAAAAACAAUCCAAGUAUGUCAUCAAUUGAUGGCACUCAAUUAGUGUUUCUGAAAGGGAAAUUAUUUUUGAAAUCGUCAUUCUAGUUUUAAGAGAAAUGUUCACGGCUAAAAAAAAGAAAUUAGUUCUCUUUUGUAAAGGGUGCAAUUUCUUGGUCACUUUGAAUGCCAGGAAAACUUGGAAAGGAAACAGCGCUUGAUUGUGUACAAUGUAUUAGCAUAGGACGUUUGGUACAACCUUGCUACCGGAUUGUUUUCAUGGUUACAAAGCUGUGCUCUGCUUCUUCACUCUUUACUCAGGUGUAGGGGCAACUUUCUGCCGGGGGUUACAUGUGAUGGACUAGCAUCCCAUCGAGGAGCAUUACAUUGUGAUGCUCUGAAUUGCUAAUGUUGCUUCAAAAAUUGGGCCAAGCCCUACUGGACCCAUUUUGGCUGUUUUUCACAACCAGUCCUGACAGAUUUACACACAAAAAAAAACACGUAACAUUUUGGGGAAAAAUCCACUGCCAAUUUCACUAUGUACCUAGUACUGCUCUUUGCAGAUUAAAUUUGUCCCUUUCCUAAAAGUUAGCUAGUCACAAUUCCAUGAAAAAAAGACAAUAGAGUGGGCAACAAAACUGCAUUUAAAAGAGAAAGAAAAAGGCAAAAGAGAGAGUGAAAUAAGUCCAAAUUUUGGCUUAUGUACAUGCUCAUUAGCCAAAAACUAAUCCACAAAAGAGGAAUUGGUGAAAAAUGUGGUUUUCCGCCCCUUGCUGGCCAGCACCAAAGGGUUACUUUGUGGUCGAUAGAUAGAGUCAGGAGGGAAGUGAUCUAUGGGAACAAGAGAGCAGGGAAAGUCCUUCGAUUUUAGAGAGUAAGAGUUAGGCAAAGUUAACAUGACAACUUCUAAUGCAAAACUUGUUUUAGGGUUUUUCUUUUGCGCAUUAUGCUCAAUACAUGACAUGGCAUGACAUUGUUAUGCUAGUUACGUGCUCAUUUUGAUAGACUGUUCUUAAAAAUGGGUGCUAAUGUCCUUAGCAAUAAAUAAUAUUACAUUUUUCAGAAUGAAUUCUACUAGGGUAUCACAGGAAAAAAUAACAGAUUCCCAUUUUUGAAUAUUUUAGGGUAUUUAAAGAAUACCCACAAAAAUCCCAAAUUUGGAAGAGUGAGACAAGUCUCAAUCAGGGAACUUGGUUGGGAAUUCCCUGGUUGGGACUUGUCUUGCUUUGCCAAAUUUGGGAUUUUAAUGGGUAUUCUUUAAAUACCCUAAAAUAUCCAAAAAUGGGAAUCCGUUAUUUUUUCCUGUGGUACUACCUUGACUACCCUGUUCAAUUAAUACAUACAUGUACUUUUAUUAUGUUAUUUGAGAUCCCUUCAAAGUUGGUCUCCAGUUUUCCAUAUUUCACCUUGUGCACUUAUAAUGUAUUUGCAGAUAUAUAUUUUUUAUUUUUUAACUUAUCCCUAUGUUAGUUUUCUAAAAUGGUAUUUCACCUUUUUCAGAUUCAAGUCCAGCUUCAAAUCAAAGUCUUCUGAGUGGCAGUAGGACAAUGUCACAGACAGAGGUUUCUCUACUGUCAACGCAAACAGGAAGUCCGUACAGAGAAACGUUAUCUGACUCAGCAAGAUCAAACAACAGAAGCUCAUCCACAGAGCCGCUCUACCUCCUCACUCCACUAGCCAAUGGGAAUCGUACAAGCUCUGUUACUUCAAACAGUCAAACAAAUACAUUCCGUCAACGUCGUAACACCAAUGAGCUUUUACUAUAUGGACAAGAACUUGUGUGUACUGAUACUUAUAUAGGGAAGAAACUGGAUGAACUUACCGUGCAUAAGGGAGACUGGAUCUAUGCUGAUAUGAAACUCAAGGAUGGGAGAGGGUGGAUUUGGGCUUAUUCACCUUCAAACAAGAUGCAGGGGUUUGUGCCACGGUCAUGUCUUCGCCCGCCUGCCACAACACCUCUCUGAUUUUAGUCUGUUAGUGUAAGUUUUGAGAAAGGAGGGUUGGGGAAAUGAGCUAGAUAUUUAAAGUUCAGAAUUUGUAUUUUAAGAACAUAAAAUUAAUUUUACAGUUGGAACACUCUGAUGACUUUUCUACCUGCCGAGAUAUAUAUUUUUAAAGAAUAGUAAUAUGAAAUGAUUACUUACUGGCAUAGCCUGCGAAGGUACUGGCAAUGCUUGUCGUUUUCCAAGAUGGCAUUUCUUUCCUGGUUAAAAAUUUGGGCUGAAAAUUUAACUUUGUUAUUGUUAACAAUUUACUCUUUGUGGGAUGUUAAAAGUUACAUGUGCAGCUGGUGAAUGGGACAAACUAUAACUCUCAAAGAAAAAUAAUAUAUCAGUAUGAUUAUUGUGAAAUUAUUAUUAACAUUAGUUGAGAGACUCUUGUUUUGAAGCAACUGCAAUGUUUAUGUGAAAGUUUUAAGUUUAGUACUGUGCUGCCUGAUUUAUUUUUGCCACUAACAGGAACCUUGGUAACAUGUUUACCAAUCUUAUUAACAAUUUCCUUGUCAACAUGGCCAAAUAUAAUAAUGAUGUUGAGCAGUAUUGUUAUGUAAUAGAGAUGUCAAAGUCUUAGUGAGAUGUCUACCUCAUAGAAAGACACAAAAAGUGACUGAAAAUGUCAGAAAUCUAGUGUCUACACGUUUAUAGAAUUGUCCAUCAAGACAGAGCAUGCUGUAUUGCAAACAUUUUGAAACCAAAAUACCUAAAACAACCUCAUGAGCAAG